AGCUGUGACAGCAGUCCGACUCUCACAAAGAACACAUUGUGCAAACUCUGCGCAAUGACAUGCAGGACGUUUCGGGAAACGCGAAGAACCAUAUUUGAUGCCAGAUUGUGAAACUGCCCAGUGACAGAUCCGUCAGACAGACACCAUGACAGCCGUGAACGCCCCACGAGACAGGUACAAUGCUGUAUGGAUCAUAUUCUUCAUCCUGGGGCUGGGAACUCUCCUACCAUGGAAUUUCUUCAUGACUGCUACCAUGUAUUUCACCCAACGUCUGAAGGACCCACAAAUCAAUGGAGUACACAAUCAGACAGCCAAUGGGACGGAGGGUCGUAACGUCCUAGAGUCAAAGUUCAACAAUGUGAUGACGCUGUGCGCCAUGGUACCGCUGCUCAUUUUCACUUGCCUCAACUCCUUCAUCCAUCAGAGGAUUCCUCAGAAGUUGAGGAUCUCAGGCAGUCUGUCUGUCAUUCUGGUGGUGUUUCUCAUCACAGCGGUGCUGGUGAAGGUGGAGAUGGCCCCCGUGCCAUUCUUUGCUGUCACUAUGAUCAAAAUCAUCUGCAUCAACUCAUUCGGGGCAAUUCUGCAAGGGAGUCUGUUUGGUUUGGCUGGAAUGCUCCCAGCGUCCUACACUACGCCCAUCAUGAGCGGCCAAGGGCUGGCAGGAACGUUUGCCGCCUUCUCCAUGAUCUGUGCGCUCGCCUCGGGCUCUGCUUUACAGGACAGUGCUUUCGGCUACUUCAUCACCGCCUGCGUCGUUAUUCUCCUGGCCAUGGUUUCUUACUUCGCCCUGCCCAAAAUGGAGUUUUUCCAGUAUUACUCUGAGAGCAAUGGCUCUCGGUCCAUCGCAGAUGAGGAAAACAAGAUGGAUUUGCUGAAACCAGAAAGUGAAGCUGAGAAGAAGCCGGUCCUGAGUCUGACUGAUGAAGAGACCAGACCCGCUGUGUCAGUGUUUGGCAUCUUUAAACAGAUCUGGGUGAUGGCUCUUUCCGUAUGCUUUGUUUUCACCGUCACCAUUGGCACCUUCCCAGCUGUCACUGUUGAUGUCAAGUCCACUAUUGCCGACGGGAGUAAAUGGGAAAUGUAUUUCAUCCCUGUGUCCUGCUUCCUCCUGUUCAAUUUGAUGGACUGGGCCGGGAGGAGCCUGACUGCUUUUUGUAUGUGGCCCGGUAAAGACAGCAUCUUGCUGCCCAUCCUGGUCAUGGCUCGCGUGGUGUUCAUCCCUCUCUUCCUCCUCUGCAACGUUCAGCCCAGAUACACCCUGCCUGUGUUGUUCGCUCACGACUCCUGGUACAUCGUUUUCAUGAUCCUCUUCUCCUUUAGCAACGGAUAUCUGGCCAGUCUCUGCAUGUGCUUCGGACCAAAGAAAGUCUCCCAGCAUGAAGCAGAAACUGCAGGAGCCAUCAUGGCGUUUUUCCUCUCUCUCGGCUUGGCAUUGGGAGCCGCGUUAUCCUUCGGCUUCCGGGCCGUGAUCUAGUUCUCAGUAAGAGGAAGAGGAACUUUAACCCAAGUUGUACACAGAGCCAGAGAGAAAGUUUUCAUACUGCACAUACUGUAUAUCCAUUUGCCCCUCUUGUGUCUCUUGCAGAACUGCAUAUGGCAUCUGGAAUAGACUGGAUUCACACGAGGAUUACACGAUCAUUAUGAUGUCAU